AUGGCGCUUACCAGAGCCCUUGCCGACCCAACCCUUGGUGCUACUAGUGGGGGGUGGUUCAUAUACGAUGAUAAAGAAUCAACCGUGAUCGAAAAAACCAGCAAAUCUGCUGCGGCUCUGGCGGCGGAGGGGUUUGAACUCGAUCACGUCUUCGAGAGGCAAUUCCUCUCUGGACUUAUUGUACAUGUGAUGGGCGCCCAAGAUCCGCCCAUGUCGACCAUUAACGAUCUCCUGCAUAUUGCGAAUUUGCCGGAGAAUCUAGUGUGGAUCAGAAAAGAUCUCCAUGACUUGAAGAGUAGUGUCUUUGGUGAGUUGGACUUGGCCCCCGAUCUCAAGCCUUCCAAGUGCGCUCACAACAUCGCCAAUCAGGUAGGACAAUGGCAGAGUUUGAUGCGCGGCUCUGCACUUAUCUCACUCAGUGUCAACUUGUGUUUGGACCUGCUUUGGACAAAUUUUCAACCUCCCGUGAAGUCGUGA